CUGUGCGGUUGGCGUUUUAUUCGCUGGUGGUUAUUUGUUUUUGGUAAUUUGUUUCAACUGGACAUCUACUCAUACCGUGCUGAUUUGCAUAUCUCAGUGUUGGAUGAUAGCACAACCAACCAACACAGCCAUGUUCAAUCGAAAGCAUUUCAAUCUACUUGAGAAUCAUUAUUUGUGAAGCACUCAGUACGAAAAAUUCGGUGCGAAUCCUGGUGUACCUACAGAAUAAACACAUAUACCUGAGCACAGCGGUAAUCAACGAUCGUAGAUGGAAGUGUUUACAGAGUCAACGCCGAUUGCUGAGGAGCGUUGCUUUUGAGAAACAAAAAAAAACAAUAUUCGAGAUAUUGCGCCGGCUUAUAUCUAAGUGAGCGUGGCAUGUAGUGACGUGAUUUAAUCAUCUUCCACUAAUGACCAUCCAACCGAACAUAUUCCUGUAGACAGUGUAUUCCAUUCCGCAGUGCAACACAUGCAGAGGCACCGAUCGUUAAUCGUAGAUUAUUCUACGAUGUUGGACAAAGAAACCGGAGAAAUAAAUCACGGCUCUUACGUUGAUGAUACUCUCUUCUACGAUAAGGAGACCGGCGAAAACAGUGACUAUCCGCCUUAUGAGUUUCGUCGCGAUCGCUCCAAGUUUUUCAUUCCGAAGCAUUUCUUGCGGCACAGCGCAAAGAUAGAACAUCGCAGAAAGAAAUGCCUUGACAAACUUGAUAGUAGUUACCCGCUGGCCAGUCGGGAGAAAAUAAUGAACCUUCAGAAGGAAGUUAUUCUUGGCUAUAACAAAACAAGCCACCUACUGCUGCUGAUUCCGUCGCUUUUCAUCAUGCCGAAACUAGCGGCCAUAUUGAUUUUCCUCACAGAAAUCAUUUUGCAUAUCUGGGCCCACAAGAAAAAUAGCAACAAUCGUGAUCCGAACAUAUACUACCGGAGCCCAAUGCACAUCACCACAACGCAUUUCUGCGGCAUUUGCCGGGACAAACGGCAAAUGGAUCGCAUCGAACAGCUGCAGGGCAAGAGGAUGAAACAAAUGCAAAACUACUUCCGGAAUGUGGCAAGAAACAUUGCGUAAACCUAUUGUUGGCAUUUACUGUUAAGGUCUAAUAAACAAGUU